CGCUCGGAUCGUCUUGAUAUUGGUUUCAUACUUUCAUCUCUUCUCCCGUCUUCGCUUUUUUCUUUUAUUUAUUUCACCGGAAAAAGCCAAACAUAUCUGCAAUUAAGAAAAGGACCGAGGAAAGCAAGGCAUGAGAAGAUCGCAGUGAGGGUUCUGGGAGAGGAAAAGUAAAAAAUGCACCGUUUUGGGCUUGCCGACUACUGGGUUUGGGUUGUUCUGUUUGUCCAUCAACAAGCUUAAGCCACAGCAACAGAGGUCUCAUGGACACAAGAUCUAUAAGAUGUCUGGUUAACAGCUUUUCCCGAUUUAUUCAUCUAGCAGCCUGCCAGACAGUGAAAUCUGUACCCAUACAGAAGGAUUACAGAUAUAUGGUGGGCUUAUUGAAACUUUUAAAACCUGUUCUUGAUGAAGUUGUUGACCACAAGGUACCAAUGAAUGAACAUUUACUCAAAGAAUGUGAAGAAAUGGAUGUGGCUGUUAAUGAGGCUAGGGAGUUCAUGGAGAAAUGGUCUUCUAAGAUGAGUAAGAUAUGCAGUGUUCUACAGAGUGAGCCAUUGGCAACGAAAAUCCAGAGAUCUUCAAUGGAGAUCUGCCACAUAUUAUGUAGAACGCUACAGUCAUCUCAAUAUGCUUCCCUUUUAGCUCAUGUUCAGAAAUGCAUUCAGGAGAUACAGUGUUUCGGGCAGGAAAAAAUAUCAGAACUUAUAGAAGAGGCUAUGAUAGAUCAAAGGAACAAUGUCAUUCCUCGCACUGAAAAUCUCAUAAAGAUUGUUGAGAUUCUUGGUUUGACAUCAAAUCAUGAAUUGCUUGCAGAGAGUAUAGCCCUAGAAAAGGAGAGAAUGAAGGACCAAUUCAAGACAAAGAAAGAGGAGUUAGACCAUAUCGAUCAAAUUGUGUAUCUUGUUGCCAAUAUUCGUAAUUGCAUGGUUAAACUUGAGCCUUUUGUUGCAAUAAAUGGUGUUCCUAUUCCUUCCUAUUUUCGGUGUCCUCUGUCAUUGGAACUGAUGUUGGACCCUGUGAUUGUGGCAUCUGGGCAGACCUAUGAGAGGGCUUUCAUCCAGAAAUGGCUUGAUCAUGGGCUGACUCUUUGCCCCCAAACCCGCCAAACUCUCACACAUACAAAUCUCAUUCCAAAUUAUACUGUUAAGGCUUUGAUUAGAAAUUGGUGUGAUCAGAACAAUAUAAGGCUUUGCAACACUUCUGCCAGCAACAAUAUCUCAGGCUUAUCCUUAUUUGGUCAUACAUGUCCUCAAUAUUUCAUCCAUACUGAUAGUUUCCAUGGUUCUCUUAACAGUAGCAUUUCCACUUCAAGGUCCUCUCUAGUUGGAAAUGGAUCUGAGAUGCAGAGAGUUGAGGUCUCUUCAGGACAUGAUGAGGAAGCUAAUGUAAGUUGCAGCAAGGAAACUCCAAAAUGUGACCAACCAUCUCCAGAACAGUCAUAUAUUCACAGCCGGAGUGAAUCAGUGUCUAGUGCAAUUUCUAGCAUAGAAUAUGUGCCAACAGCAUUAACAGUGGGUCUUUCUGAACAAUCAAGGGUGUCAAGUAAGCAUGGGGAUGCAAGUGAGUUAUCUGGAGAAGUCACAUCCAAAUGCACUAGUUUUUGUGCUCCAAAUAAAAGUCCAGGAUGUUCUCCAUUGUUGUCAGGGAAACAAUUCUAUAGCUCCAAAAUCAAGGUGGAAAGGACUGAAAAUGAGUGCAAUGACUACAACAGAAGCCUUUCUCUUCCAUUAUUAGAUUCGGGUUUGGAUAAUAUGGCCUCUUCGUCCUAUGUGGAGAAACUGGUCGAGGAUCUAAAGAGUCAAUCUAAUGAAGUGCAAACUGCAGCUGCAACAGAGCUGCGGCUUCUCGGAAAGCACAAUAUGGAGAACCGUAUCAUUAUUGCCCAGUGUGGAGCUAUUCCACCAUUGGUUUCAUUGCUCUAUUCAGAUGAAAAGAUGACCCAAGAGCAUGCUGUCACAGCCCUAUUGAACCUAUCGAUCAAUGAUGACAAUAAAGCCAUGAUUGCGGAAGCAGGAGCAAUAGAACCACUUAUACAUGUCCUUAAGACUGGGAAUGCAGGGGCUAAAGAGAACUCUGCUGCAACUUUGUUCAGCCUCUCUGUCUUGGAGCAAUACAAGGUAAAGAUUGGUCGCUCUGGUGCAGUGAAAGCCUUAGUUGAUCUUCUGAGAUCUGGGACCCUCCGAGGUAAGAAAGAUGCUGCUACUGCCUUGUUCAAUCUAUCAAUCUCUCAUGAGAACAAAGCACGAAUAGUCCGAGCUGGGGCAGUUAAGUAUCUUGUUGAGAUGUUGGAUCCUGCCACUGGAAUGCUUGAAAAGGCUGUUGCUCUUCUUGCAAACCUAUCUACAAUUCCAGAGGGAUGCUCAGCAAUUGGUCGUGAAGGUGGAAUCCCACCAUUAGUUGAGAUUCUUGAAACAGGGUCUCAGAGGGGGAAAGAAAAUGCUGCGUCAAUAUUGUUGCAAUUAUGCAUUAAUAGUCGCAGGUUCUGUACCCUGGUUCUGCAGGAAGGAGCUGUGCCACCUCUAGUGGCAUUGUCUCAGUCUGGCACAACAAGAGCAAAAGAGAAGUCACAGCAGCUUCUCACUCAUUUCCGAACCCAGCGAGAAGGGCCUGUGUCAAAGGCAAAAAUCAUGAUACCGGGAUAGGGAUUUUAUCAGUUGCACUCAAGUUUUGGUCUUUCUAAUACGCUUGGUGUUCUUGCAGCACCAAUGACCACCACAGCUGUUUGCUCAUAUAUGAAAUUUACACCGACUCUGCAUUGGUCGCAAUUUGGAACAGAACUGCAAAUUAAAUUAGAUUGAUCGGGGAAGUAGCUGGCCCACUGUUAACCAGAGUAACCUUGGCUUGUGGUGUAGUAAGACUUCGGUCUGAUUGUAUCCAGAAAUAUGCAUAUAUGAUGAACUCCUUGUAUCAAGUGUCAUGUUGUACAAUCAUGGUAUAGAUGCUCCUGUUCUUUGGUAAUCACUCCAGGUUCUUUGGGAUCCUUUGAUUGGUUUUUUAGUUUCUGCAAUCUGAUUUGAUAAACAAAACAUGUAUAAAUUUAGGGGGUGCCACUUGCCAGUGCGCUCUCCAUCUGGUCUGUGCAAAAAUAUGCCUACUCUAGUUUGCAACUGAUUUACUUGAACAACCUUCCGCUGUUU